AUGAUAACUUGUCCUUGUGGUCGACUUCGUAAGGAGAAGCGCUGCAAUGCCGCUCGAUCUGUAGCUAGCAAAGGACAGACCAUUCAAAGCGAGACUUCACCAGCUGCCGCGAGUUUGAAAUGUGAUGACGAAUGUGUCCGACUUGAACGGAACAGAAAUCUUGCGUCGGCCUUGAAGGUUGAUAUCGACCAGUCCACAACCCUGGCUCAGAAUAGUUCAUCUCAAUUGCCCAGCAGUACCAUGCCAUACUCGGAAGAGACGCUUGAUUUGUAUGUUCAAAUCUCGUCAUCAGCCACGCUCUCCACUCUCCAGGACUACGAAGCGACACUCCAUAGUCUAGCAGCAAGCGCCACUCAAAGGUCAGUUCGAUUCCAACCUGCCAAAGCUCCUCUUCGUGCAUUUGUGCACUCUCUUGCGGCAGACUGGGGAUUUGCCUCUGAGAGCUUUGAUCCUGAACCUCAUCGUCAUGUCUUUGUUCUGAAACCAACACAAUGGACCUCUCCCGGUCUAGGGCUUGGUUCAGGGAUUGGUAUUCGAGGAAUAUCCGUCGGUGAAUGCGUGCGAAUUCGCGAUCGUGAACUUUUCAAGGAGCGAGAAGCUCGGCGCGUUGCAGCCGCCGAGGCCAAAGCAUUGAAGGACGCUCUCAAGGCAACAUCUACUGAAACUGGGGAUGGUAGUGGGGGGUGGGCGCAAGUAGCUUCCACACGAAAGAAACAAACGGAAAACAACUCGCCUGCCAAUCUGACACGCUCAGGCACACCACUGGCUGCACUUGGUGGUCGAGGCUUCGGUACAGGAUCGAUGUACGCUGCUUUGGGGCUUGAUGUGUCAUCCUCUUUUAACAGCGCCAAUAACAGUCCGUCUAAGAAGAAAGACGGCCUUCUUGUCCUCCGUUCAGGAGUCGGAUCUUCUAAAAAGAAAUCCGAGCAACCCCAACAAAAUCUUGAGGACCUUGCGGACAGUUGGGAGGAACAAGUCGAGCAGGAGGAACAACAGGAGAAGGAAGAGGAAGAAAGACGGCGAUCUAGCGAAGAAGCAGAGCGAUUGGAAUCUGAUCAGCACACGCCGGUGGAAGAUGAGAAUAUUGGGGUUGAUGUUGGUGUUGUUUCAUCGCAAUAA